AUGUUCACCUCAAAGACAAACAGUUAUACCCCAUUGCCAGACGGCGAGCAAAAGUCCGAAAUUGUCGACUUCGAUCCUGAAAGUAAGCAUGUCGAAGCGCAUACUGAAGCUACGAUAUCACUUGGGGCUUUACGACAAGCUCUCACGAGGAGUCCUCUAACCACUAUUUUGGCAAUCUAUUCACUUGGACUUUCAGUUGGAUUAUUUGCUACAUUCAUCAACUUCGCCGAAAAGGAGAAUCACUGCAAUAUUGGUCCCAAUCCUGCAUGGAAGGAUUUUGCUCACCCAGAACUGGACUUCUUACCAACUGAUUAUGAUCAACAUGUCAUUUUCAAUGGUACCUUGGAUUUCCCAUCAAUCUAUCGAGGAACUCCUCGGCCCGAACUUGACGCUGCGUGGAAUCGGGUAAUUGACUUGGGACCACUAGACAUUCAAUUGAGCACAGAUGAGCUUGAACGCCUCGGCGUAGAUGCUGCCACAGCUGUCAGAUUACCCCCUGAGAAUGGUGGUGGAUUCUAUGUCAAUCUGGAGUUUCAACACCAACUUCACUGUGUUAAUUAUCUCCGUAUGGCGACGUAUAUGAGCUAUUACGAAACAAAGAGCGUCGAGUUUACAGACUCCAAACCAACUCAACGGAUACACCUUGGAAGCGCAGAUCUCUCCACCCCCGUACAGCUUGACGCGUAUACGGAAUCUUAUCCGAGGCCAAUCGAGCCCAGACACAACAGUAGUGAGAGCACUUCGAGUCAGGCCAUGUUCGAAUUCACAACUGGUCCUAGCGUCGAGUCCAUUUUCAGUCCUGAAUCGAAGCAGCUCGGCGGAACAUCUGACUUGUUAUUUAGCCUCGAGCACCGUGUCCCCGAAAUCACAGACGAGGUUAUCAAUCUCCUCGGUAACGACGAAGGAAACACGCCUUUGCAUGAAGCAGUAAUCUACGACCGGCAUACCGUAGUAAGAACCCUAAUCGAUCGAGGCGCAGACCUACUGGCCACCAAUGUCUUUGGGAAGACCCCGCUGCACCUAGCGGCAGAAUUUGGCAGGCACAAUGUGAUUGAGAUGUUGGACCCAGGCCAAUUGGGACUCGAUAUCAGGGAUAAAUUUGGAUUGACUCCUCUGCACUUGGCUGCCAAAUCGGGACAUGAACAGGUCGUGGCUCUUUUAUUGGAUAAAGGGGCUGGUAUUGAUGCGAAAGUAAAGAGAGGGUGA